UUUUUUGCUCCUUCGCUACUCUUUUUCAGUGUCGAUUUGGUGAAGGCGCCCCAUCGCCAGUGUACGGAUGAGUUCCCCAGUAGAUGACGGAUUGUAACUCUCAAGGAUUUAUUUCAGCUAUUUUCGUUUCCAAAUUGAUGUUUCAACUACCACGUAAUCCUUCCCCGAGCAAAACGUAGUUAAUACCGUGAGGCCAGCACAAGUAGAAGACGCAUCAACUAACAUGGCCAACUUUUCUCCUCCGGGACGGGUUCCCGGGCAGCUGAACGCGCGCCUGUACGGGUUGUGGCAGGCGGCCCCGGGACAGCUUGGGUUUGACCCCGAUCCGCAGCACGACGAGCAGUUUCUCGACGUUUCGCCCGAGUGGAUCAAUUUCCACGGCGUCGAGCGGGAGAACCGGGCAACCCUGGUCGGUACUGCCGGCGGGCCGUACGCUGCCGAGAGUUGGGUUGUCGGGGGGAAUGACGGAGAAACGGUUCGGUUGGCGGUUCCGGGCACCGAUCGCACGAUCACGCUGCACAGCCCGGCGCCCGACGAGCCGGGGCACGGCAACUUGAAUGCCUACUUUUUCUACCACGGAAACACUACCGCUUCGGCGCAGAUUACCUACGUCAAGCACUCGCCGUACGAAUUCGGGAAAAGAACCAGCAUCACGCACGAAGCGAUAAUACGGAAAAGCACAAGCGACGGAACGGCGGGAAGAACAAGUGGAGCAGCGCCGAGCGGUCGGUCCUCGGCCGCAGAAAAAGGACCGAGUGGUGCGAGCGAUCAUGCGAUGAGUGCUGGCAUGAAAAUGAAAAGCGCUAGUACGGACGAGAGGGCGACCAAAAAAGCGACUGUACUCAACCCGGCGUUCUACGGGUCGUGGAAAGCGGCAGCCAAUCAAGUGAAUUAUGAUCCAGAUCCUGAACACGAUGAGAAGUUUCUCGACAUUACGGAGGACUGGUUGGAUUUCAGCGGCCCCUCAACCACCGACAAAAGCUUGACCCUUCAUGGAGGUGGCGGCGGUCCUUAUCCAAGAGAAAAGUGGAAAGUUGUGAAUCCGAAUUGCUUGCGGGUGACCCGGCCGGACCACAGAACGAAGGAAACGAUCGAGCUUCAUCUGGAUGUGCGCCGGAAUCGCCUUGUCACGUUGUGGGACCAAAAUGCGCACAAGUCGCCGGUCGAAAUUGCCUACGAAAAUUGCGAUCCGGAGAAGAAACUUGGCGAUCAACAUGGAAUAGCUGCUGCCGUUCAAGACGGAUGCUUGGUAAGCAUGGACAAAAAGCAGAUCCAAGAUGCGUACAACGCAAAAAACUCGGAAAUAAUCAAAAUGAGAGCGGAGCAUCGGAAGAAGGGGCGCGAAGAAUGCUGCUGCCCGAUUUUUGCGAACGUUGGGUAGGAGCAGGCAGUGAUCCGACUUUGGUGUGUUUGCCAUGUCACUAACAUGAGUAAUCUGGGAACUUUCGCGAAAUCAUGCUUCUGCGAUUUCAUUUUCGUAGUAUCCCUCUUUCUUAGCGACAAACGAACUUCUUUUUUUCACAGAGUCUUAGUCUCGUUGGUAGAGCCAACACGCUUGUACAAUAGUAGCAGUGUUUUCAGAUGAGAUGCGCAAUUGCAAAUGACACGAAAGAACUGUGUAGAAAAAAAUUUGCUGAAGGAUCAGGUUUGAAAAGUGCGCGAACACCAUCGACCCACAGAAAAUCCACGAAAGUGGACGAAGAUCGAGAUUGCAU